GUGGACGUGCGUGUGCGUGUUUGGUGUCUUGUGCAGGGCAUGGUAAAUGGAAUAAUUUACAACAAAUUUUGUGGCAAAUAAAUGCAUCUUUGCUGAAGGUUUUCGUUUCCGCUUGUGACCGUUAGCUGUUAAGUGACGUGUUAUAGUGCGUUCAAGUGCAACAACACAGUACAACACGCAGCCUUCCUGUGAUCAUUCUCUCAUCGUCAGUGGCUCAUCGCCGAUACGAUGCUAUAACCUGGCCACAGAGGAAGAAGAGAAAGAAGAAUUAAUCUAUUAACUUCAAUUGGCGAUAGGUCAGCAGCAGCAUCCCUUCAAGCGCCCCGUUUUGGCCACGCAAAACGUUCGCGCACCGCACACCCGCCAGUGCAUUGAAAACGCUUUUCACGCCCAUUCGUACAAGUCCGGCACUUUGGCCGACACUUUUUUCCCGUACCGUUUUGUCUCCCUUCCUACUGGCCCGGGGCUUUGUGCUCCGUUGAACCCUGCUCAGGCCAUUAACCUGUAAAUUGGCAGAGAAAGAGACGCAUCCGAGCGCGUAUGUGUGUGUGUGAAGCCGCCGCCAUCAAAUCGUGACCGUGACCGUGGCCAUUAUCGGAACCGUGCGUGCGAACUCGUUAUCCGUCGGAAUCGGUGGUUUUGCUCUUUGUUCUCGCGGUGCAUUACCGUUGUAGGUAGUGCCAGUGUUCACUGUGCCCGGCGUCUGCGGUGUCUGUGUCGAUAGUACAACAAAAGCCAAGGCUUGCUACUACCUGCGUGAAAACAACACCCAAAAGCACAACAGCAAUAGUUAGCAAGAUGAGUGAACAAAUGGCUCGGCUGCUGGGUUGCAGCGUUCUCGUGCUGGACGAUAGUGACAAGCUGGUGAACAAGUACGACCACAAGGUAACGGUCUUGUGCAGCUACGAUCCACAGGGCAUGGCAGUGCGGUUGCUGCAGGAGGGUACGACGCCACCGAAGCAGCUGGAGGAGUACCUGGUGAGUGGGUCGAGCACGACGCACCUUAGCCGGGGCCACACGUCACAUAUGCUGCUCGUCGGUGGCGAGCUGAUUCUGUUCCGGUUCGCGUCCCGGGCCGACUGUCAGCAGUUUCGCGGGCUGCUGCACAAACUGUCCGGCAAGGUGAACUCAGUAUUUAACCUCCGCACGGAGGAUUCAUCGGCGUCGCAGUAUUUCCAGUUCUAUGGCUACCUCUCGCAGCAGCAGAACAUGAUGCAGGACUUUGUGCGGACGAGCACGUACCAGCGGGCCAUCUACAACAAUGCGCAAGACUUUCAAAACAAGGUCGUUCUGGAUGUCGGUGCUGGAUCCGGUAUUCUUUCCUUCUUUGCCGUCCAGGCCGGAGCCGCAAAAGUGUACGCGGUGGAGGCAAGCAAUAUGGCACAGUACGCGCAGCAGCUGGUUAGCUCGAACAAUCUCACCGAUAAGAUAAUCGUGAUCGCCGGCAAGAUAGAGGAGAUCGAACUGCCCGAACGGGUGGACGUUAUCAUUUCCGAGCCGAUGGGUUACAUGCUGUACAACGAGCGCAUGCUGGAAACGUAUCUACACGGUAAAAAGUGGCUAAAACCGGACGGCAAGAUGUACCCGUCUAGGGGCGAUCUGCACGUAGCCCCGUUCACGGACGAAGCGCUGUAUAUGGAGCAAUACAAUAAGGCAAACUUUUGGAUGCAGACGGAGUUUCAUGGUGUGAAUCUGGUAGCGUUGCGCGAUGCCGCAAUGAAGGAAUACUUCCGACAGCCGAUCGUCGAUACGUUUGACAUACGUAUAUGCAUGGCUAAAUCAAUCCGGCACACGACGAAUUUCCUCACGGCGGACGAGAAAGAUCUGCACCGGAUUCAGAUAGACGUCGAGUUUCACAUCCUCGAGACGGGCACGUGCCACGGGUUGGCGUUCUGGUUCGAUGUCGAGUUUGCCGGCACGUGCUCCCAGAUCUGGCUAUCGACUUCGCCAACCGAACCGCUAACCCAUUGGUACCAGGUACGAUGCCUCCUGCAGACACCCAUCUUUGUGAAGCAGGGUCAAGUCCUUUCCGGGAAGGUAGUGCUGGCGGCUAACCAGCGCCAAAGCUACGACGUGGAAAUCGAUCUCAAGCUCGAGGGUACGAUGAUCAGCUCGUCCAAUACGCUCGAUCUAAAGAACCCGUAUUUCCGAUACACUGGUGCUCCGGUGCCUGCCCCGCCCGGUUCCAACACCACAUCGCCCAGUGAAGCUUUCUGGAGCCAGCUGGAUGCGCAGGGUGCCCGUAACGCGGUCAACCUGGUGAACGGAAUCACGGUUAACGGGCUCGGCGAGGUAGACAUGUCAUCGACGAUCAUCAACACGAACCUGAUGGCGAUCGGGGCGAACGGUGGCGGUGCCAAUCAGCCCAACAUCCAUCCGGGACUUAUCUCGAGUACGGGUCGACAGCAGCAGGCCGCCAACUCGAUCAUUGGCCCCCAGCAACAGCAGCAGCAGCAGCAACAGCAGCAACAAUCUACAACAGCACAGCAGCUUGCAAUGACGCCACCGAUCGGGUGUGCGGCUACCUCAACGCAGAAUGUCGCCCAGCACCAACUGAUCGGUGGCGCCAUCUCACCGUCACUGUUCACCUCGCCGGCUCAACCCAUCCUCAACAGUCACCAUCAUCAUCCGGGCCAACCGAUUCACGGCAACCAGUUCUACUAGGAAUACAUUCGUGCCCAGGGCAGGAGUGAGAUAUUUGUCUAGUCUAGCCACUAGACAAAACGAAGCCCUGGACAGCGAUACAAUCAGCAUGGCGAUAGCGAUGAACAAAACCCGCAAAAUAAACCUUAAUCUACGUAAUGGAACUAAGUCAUCCCUGAAGACAACGACAUAGAAUGGGGUUCUGCAGUCAAGGAAUAGGACAACACCAGAAGACAGUUUGAUCAUAAAUGCUACCGUGCCACAAUCGUGGCUUACUUUUGAACGUCUUGCUAUGAACUAUUUUACAUCUUGCACUAUCAGAAGCAGUGUAAGAAUGAUGUUCACCAUUUUGUUUGCGAUUCUUUAGAAUGAUCUCUUCCUUUGUCUCCUCUCUCCCUUUCUCUCAGGUAUUGAAUUUACGGCUAGCGUUCAGGUUGGCUGAUAUAUUUUAUUAAUCAUACGGCAUUAUUACGCGACUCUGUUCGAAGUAAACAAAAACAACCAUCCACUCAACUAAAGGUACAAUAGUAUUGUUAAAACACCGUGUACCAUCCCCUAAAUCAGGAGGCUAAAGUAUAGACAAAGAAAGCUCUCUAGUGGUAGCACAGCUUAACGAACUUUCGCUGUUCACUAACUAAUGCCAGGUUCGGGACGACCGGCUCUUAUUUAGCAAAAAAAAAACUAAUUUGCUGUGCGAACGUUACGAAACAACAGAGAUCUUCCAAUAAGUUAGGGGCAAGAAAUAGUAGCCAUAAACAUGGCAGGAAUGUGGAAAAGCGUACACACGGAUCGUGGAUCGUGUUUUUGUAUUUGUUGUCGCGCAGAGCGCAUAGCGAACAUAGCGGGGAAGCGUAAGCUGUAUCACACCGAGUUACACGGAAAGACUAAGAAACUAAAAGUAAGCAAUUUUACCAUACCGGAUAGUAUCGAACGACUUCAACGUAGAGUUAUACAGUAGCGAGUACUAUACAGCAAGUUGCAAUGUGCAGACCGUAGGAUGAACUGUGCAUAAUGCGGUUCGGUGGAAGGACAGAUCAGGCACGUUAUGAAUGCAUUUAAAGGUUCUCCCUCCUUAUGUAUUUCAAUUUUAGUUCCUUUAAGCGUGUGCAGGAAAGAGGGUGCAAGAAAGAGCGAGCGAACAGACGAUCGACGUUAAACGAAUGGUGCGAUCACUGCAACAAGCAGUCCAAAACUUGGUGGUUCCAUUUUCAACCCUAAGGUACAUCUUGCAUUAUCGUACGGCAAUAGGAAGCAAAAAGGAAAAUACACUCGUCCGUACGGAUAAAUACCUGCAUUGAAACAUAAUUCAUGAUAUUCAGCAAGAGCGUUCUAAUGCGUGUAAGAGUGUUUGAGAAAGCAAUAAGAAUCGAGAAUGCGUUUAGAAGACGGCUUAGAAAAGCUUAGAGUGAGAAUAAUACAGCCAGCCAGGCAGCCAGUCAGUCAGUCAGCAAGAAGCAAGGCCUGUUAACAGUCAGUUACAAUCCGCACAAUAUGGCUUUAUCGAAUGAGGAAUACAACUGUAAAAAUGUAAGAGCAGCAUACACAGUAACGAAACAGGAGCAAACCAACAGAAGUAUUGGAACACCACCGAUUGAAAUACAUACUUUACAAUGCAUCUUGGUGUGCAUCAUUUACUUCACCCCUUGAAUGUCAUACCGGAACUGUUUUUUUUUUCUUGCAACAGUUCUGAGCGAUUCUGUAACUUUAUUUCCCAUUUACUGACAAUAUUGUUCUGCGUCACGGUUACCUUUUUCACGGUGGCUUUAAACAGUUUUACUAAGGGUGAAAAUGGAGAAAUUUAGGCAUACAAAUUUGUAGCUUCUAUUGAUUGCGAUUAGUAUCACAAAUCAUCAACGUGUGUGGAACGUGCAAUACGACAGUUAUGGUGUUGGAAAGUCUGGAAGAAAAUGUAAUUUUACUCACAAAAAAACACGCAUCCGAAUCGUAGAAUUUACCAACAUUUCGGAU